AUGGUGCUGAGUGACCGCUCCAUUCGUAAGCAAAUCGACCGGGGUCGGAUCGUGGUGGAUCCGAUCGACCUCGACGACAUCCAGCCGGCCAGUAUUGACCUGCACUUGUCCAAUCGCUUUCUGGUUUUCUCCAACUCCCGCAAACCCUAUAUUGACGUGCGUGAGCCGCUGGAUGACCUCACUGAGGCUGUCGAAAUCGACCACGACACGCCCUUCAUGCUCCACCCCGGAGAAUUUGUGCUGGCCAGUACUCUGGAACACAUUGAAUUGCCCGACGAUCUGGUGGCCCGCCUGGAGGGCAAAAGCAGCCUGGGGCGCAUUGGCCUGCUCAUUCACAGCACCGCCGGUUUUGUCGAUCCAGGCUGGAGCGGCCGCCUGACCCUGGAACUCAGUAACGUGGCCCGCCUGCCUAUCACGCUUUACCACCGCAUGAAAAUCGGCCAAAUUUCCUUCCUGCAACUGACCACCCCCGCCGAGCGCCUCUAUGGUUCUCCUGAGUUGGGCAGUAAAUAUCAAGGACAGACCGGCCCCACCGCCAGCCGAUUCCACCAGGACUUCGACCGGGGCCGGUAG